UAAGACGAUUAUUUCCAUGUAACAAAUUAAAGUCUCUAUAAAUAACAGGAGGUUCCGGCCCGGCGAUCUCACCCUGGGAGCUUCUGGUUGUGUACAGGACGCAGCAUGGCUAGUCACGUGGAGCAUCCGGCUGGCGGCUACAAGAAGUUGUUUGAGACGGUGGAGGAGCUGGCGACCCCAAUGAGCGUCCACGUCACAGGACGAUUACCCCCGUGGCUGUCCGGCAGCCUGCUACGAUGCGGCCCUGGUCUGUUCGAGGUUGGCUCGGAGCAGUUCUACCACUUAUUUGAUGGACAAGCUCUUCUCCACAAGUUUGAGAUCAGAGAAGGGAACGUCACAUAUCAUCGGAGGUUUGUGAAGACCGACGCCUACGUCAGAGCGAUGACUGAGAAGAGAAUCGUAAUCACAGAGUUCGGCACCUUCGCUUUUCCCGAUCCCUGCAAGAAUAUAUUUUCCAGGUUCUUCUCCUACUUCAAAGGCAUAGAGGUGACUGACAACGCCCUGGUGAACAUUUACCCGGUGGGUGAAGACUUCUACGCCUGCACAGAAACCAAUUACAUAACCAAGGUCGACCCAAAGACUCUAGAAACCAUCAAAAAGGUGGAUCUUUGUAAAUACAUCUCUAUCAACGGCGUCACGGCACACCCGCAUAUUGAAAAUGACGGCACGGUCUACAAUAUCGGAAACUGCUUCGGAAAGAAUUUCGCCAUUGCUUACAACGUCAUCAAAAUCCCCCCUCUACAGGAAGACAAGGAAGAUCCAAUAACAAAGGCAAAGGUUGUUGUCCAGUUCCCGUGUAGUGACCGGUUUACCCCAUCCUACGUGCACAGCUUCGGGAUGUCUCCAAAUUAUUUAGUUUUCGUAGAACAACCUGUGAAGAUUAAUCUGUUCAAGUUCCUUUCGUCCUGGAGUAUCUGGGGAGCCAAUUACAUGGAUUGCUUCGAGUCUCAUGAAACAAUGGGGGUGUGGAUGCACGUCGCCGAGAAACACACAGGAGAAUAUCUCAAUAUAAAGUACAGGACAUCGGCCUUCAACAUCUUCCACCACAUCAACACCUAUGAAGACGAUGGAUAUGUGAUUGUGGACCUGUGCUGCUGGAAGGGUUUUGAAUUCAUCUACAAUUAUUUGUAUCUGGCCAAUCUGCGCGCGAACUGGGAGGAAGUUAAAAGAAACGCAGACAAAGCGCCUCAGCCUGAAGUGCGCCGAUACGUCCUGCCGCUCGAUAUCCAGAAGAACGACGUAGGGAAGAACCUGGUGUCUCUGCCUUACACUACAGCCACAGCCACGCUGCGCAGCGACGACACCAUCUGGCUGGAGCCGGAGGUCCUCUUCUCAGGUCCUAGACAAGCCUUUGAAUUUCCACAAAUCAACUACAAAAUGUAUGGUGGCAAAGACUACUCCUACGCGUAUGGACUGGGACUGAAUAAUUUUGUUCCAGACAGACUUUCCAAACUGAACGUCAAGACCAAAGAGACCUGGGUAUGGCAAGAGCCCAACACCUACCCCUCCGAGCCCAUAUUUGUCUCCUCCCCAGACGCCAUAGAAGAAGAUGACGGUGUGAUACUCAGCGUGGCCAUCAGCCCGGCUGUGGGGCACAAGCCGUCUUUCCUCCUCAUCUUGGACGCCAAGGACAUGAGCGAAAUCGCCAGAGCGGAGGUUGACACCAACAUUCCCCACCUUCCAUGGAAUGUUCAAAAAUGCCUAAAUAGCGUCUUCCACUGCGAGAUGAUGCGACGUAUAAAACAGCGGUGCUCCUGCGCAGCGCAUCGUUACAUCACAGGGACUGGGUACAGCUCCGAUUGGAGGGGAGCAUUGGGUCACGGUGGCUCUCGCAUACUUUCUGUGGCCGUGAGUCCGUAGACACGCGCAGAUCAUACACGGGGAGAGAAGAUCGUGACAAACGCCUUCUGUAUACGAAAGCUGCACAUUUUCUGUCCAAUGUAGAAUCUAUAUAAUAUAUAUAUAUAUAUAUAUAUAUAUAUAUAUAUAUAUAUAUAUAUAUAUAGUGUGUGUAUAUGUCCACUGAUUGUAGCCAGGAAAUGAGGUUUUAUAGCUUUGUUGUGGCUUGGUAAUAAAUCUGUUUUACAUUA